AAUCUAUAGGAGGUGGACAUUAUUCAGCAAAAUGUUCUUAUUGUUUUGAAAAAUGGAAUAGAGAAAGACCUGAUGAAUUAAAAUCUCAUUUAGUAUUAUAUUGCAAUAAUAUAUCACAGAAUGUUAAAUUAAAAUAUUUAGAAUUAUUAGUUACUGAUAAUUCUAAUAAAAAAUUUAAAAAUGAUGAAAAUAGUUCUAAAAAAUUAAUACCAAAUUUUUAUGAAUCACCAACAAAAAUUGAAAAAAGUAAAAAAAAUAGAAUUGAUCAAGCAUUAAUUAGAUUUUUUAUAUGUUGUGGUAUUUCAUUUUCUACUGUUAAUCAUCUAUAUUUUAUAGAUUUUAUUCAAUGUCUUUGUCUUGGUUAUAUGUCUCCUAAAAGAAGAAUACUUUUAUCAACUAUUUUAAAUCAAGAAAUUUCUUCU